AUGGAGUCUGGGAAGGCAAUUUGGGUCUUUGGGAUACUCUUUUUCUUAUUGGCUGGUAUAGAAGCCAGUCAACUUGGUGGUGGUUUAAGGAAGUGUGGUUUCCCCGCGGUAUACAACUUCGGCGACUCAAAUUCUGACACCGGAGGACGAUCAGCUGCUCUGGGUGAGGUGCCUCCACCUAAUGGUGAAACUUUCUUUGGCAAGCCUUCUGGGAGGUUCUGCGAUGGUCGUCUCAUCAUAGAUUUGAUAGUUGAGAACUUGGGGUUGCCGUACCUGAGUGCGUAUCUGGACUCAAUCGGAACCAAUUUCAGGCAUGGUGCUAAUUUUGCGACCGGAGGCUCGUCGAUCCUACCCGGUGGCUACAGCCCCUUCAACCUAGACCUCCAGAUUUCUCAAUUCAUACAGUUCAAGUCUCGGACCACUGCUCUUUAUAAGCAACUCGGUGACCACAGUAAUCGGCCUCGGCCUCGGGACUUCUCAAAGGCUCUAUACACAUUUGACAUUGGACAGAAUGAUCUUGCCUAUGGUUUCCAGCAUACAAAUGAGGCUCAAACCAGAGAUUCCAUUCCUACUAUCCUAGAUGAGUUUGCUCGAGCAGUACAGCAACUAUACAAAGAAGGGGCAAGAGUUUUCUGGGUGCACAACACUGGUCCAAUAGGGUGCCUACCAUACAAUGAGAUAUACUACCAGCCGAAGCCUGGCAAUUUGGACAGCAAUGGGUGCGUAGAGCCACAGAAUGAGGUGGCUCAGGAGUUCAAUAGGCAGCUAAAGGACAGGGUGUCACAGCUAAGGGCAAAGCUCCCACAUGCAGCAUUCACAUAUGUUGAUGUGUUUUCAGCUAAAUACACACUAAUAAGCAAUGCAAAUAAUCAAGGCAAGCUUCUGUUAAUUUUAUCAAGUUUUGAAAAUCCAUUGGAGUUCUGUUGUGGCAGUUAUUACGGUUAUCACAUCGAUUGUGGUAAAAAAGCAAUUGUGAAUGGAACCAUCUAUGGGGCACCUUGUCAUAACCCAUCAAGAUAUAUAAGCUGGGAUGGCAUACACUACUCUCAGGCGGCCAACCUAUUGAUUGCAGAAGUCAUUCUCAAUGGCUCAUUGUCUGAUCCCCCAAUUUCAAUCAGAAAGGCUUGUCAAAAUCCUAAGAAUGCUUAG